AUGACUAGCAGCAUCUGUCCCACGUGCUCCUGCACAGAAAUCGAUGUGGUAGAUGUGAGCGGCGAGGCGGUUUGUGUAAGCUGUGGCACUAUUCUUGAGGAGAACAACAUCGUGUCGUCUAUCGAGUUUCAGGAGUCUGGCGGCGGCGCGCAUUCUGUCGUAGGGCAGUUUGUGUCGGCUACAGCUUCUAAAUCUUACGGUAAUAUUGGCACUAGCGGCCGCAACUACGGAGUUGAGUCUCGCGCUAAUACGCUUGCUAAUGGCAAGAAGAAGAUUCGCCAGAUUGCAGGCAUGUUGAGACUCGGGGACCACUACGUGGACUCGUCCUUUCGUCUCUUCGCUCUGGCGCUUCAGCGCAACUUUACACACGGUCGCAAGACGCAGACGGUUAUUGCUGCUUGCCUUUAUAUCGUAUGUCGCCGAGAGCGUUCGCCGCACUUGCUCAUCGACUUUUCGGAUAAGCUGCAGAUUAACGUGUACGUGCUCGGCGGCGUCUUUCUUAAAUUCUGCAAGCUGCUACAAAUUCAUCUUCCGCUCAUUGACCCGUCGCUCUAUAUCCACCGCUUUGCAUCGCAACUCAACUUUGCAGGAAAGACGCACAGCAUUGCUACUACGGCACUUCGUCUUGUGGCUACUAUGAAGCGCGACUGGAUCGAGACAGGUCGUCGGCCCUCGGGUAUCUGCGGUGCAGCGUUACUCAUUGCGGCACGCUCGCAGUCGGUCAUGUGCAGUCUGCACGACGUCAUGGAUGUCGUUAAUAUCGGAGAACGGACGCUUAAGCAGCGACUUUAUGAGUUCUCACUCACCCCGACAGCGCAAUUGACGUACGACCAAGUAGGAAAGCUCGAGAUGUCGCGCGUGGAGUGUGAUCCACCCAGCUUUCAGCGUCACCGAGAGAAGGAAGUAAUGGAAAUGAUGCUUGUUGAAUCGAAAAAAGUAUUACUGGAGCAGAAAUUAGGACACAAAAAGCGACUGACAAGGAUUCGGAGAGGCUCGGACGACGACAGCGAUGAUGACGAAGUCAGAGACAGCGCCCUGUCCAAAGGCCUGUUGGACAAGAAAGCGCAGCGUAUGAAGGAUGAGGAGAUGUCGCGCCUCUUGACAAGUGAUGCGUACUACAAAAAGAGACAAGGAGAAGCACUUUUUGGUAGCAAUUGCACGAAUGUGGGAAUUAAAGGUUCGGUGAUCGGCAAAGGCAGAGCUGACAAAGAAGACGAUGAAGAGAUUGAUUAUGGGUUUGACAACGCGAAUGACCAGAUUGUUAAUCGAGCAAGUCGUUUAGCAGCACACGAAGUUUUGAUUCGUGUGCGCAAGAAAUCAGCUCGUUACAUAAUGAGGAAACGCGAUGAGGCCACUUUCUACAAGACUAUAGAACGCGAUCUCACAAUGGCACUGGAGGAGGACAACACAUCAGCAAUGGUUAGCCGAAGCGGAGAAAAAGAGUCACUUGGAGACGUUAAUGGUGAAACCAAGCUUAUCGAUUAUUUGUCAUCUUCGGCAGACGACGAAGUAGGAUCUGCAGGAGUAAGGAGACGAAGUUUGCUUGACUUAGCUGAAAGAAGUAGUGAUCACGAACAGCGGAGACAAAAUUUAGGUGGCCAUGAUCAUGGGCACGAGCAAGCUGUGAGAAACAUAGAGAAACAGGGCGUCACUGGGAAAGGACACGUUGAGGAGAAUGCUGUAGAUACUUUCUCAGACUUGGAUGACGAUGAAAUUAACUCGUUACUGUUAACACGAGAAGAGGCGGAAAAGAAAAGGCUACUAUGGGAGAAGAUGAACAAGGAUUUUAUUCAAGAGCAGGAGCAAAAGCGACUACUUGGCUUGUCAGCACCUGAUGCCCCAAUGAAAAAGAGGAGAAAGAAAUUUCCUGAUAUUGAUGCGCCGCCCCCGGACACGGCGCAACACGCAAUAUAUAAAUUAAAGAGCCGAAGAAUCAACUACGAAGUCAUCGACGAACUUUUUGGAGAAGCUGCAAGCAACGGUUUCUAA